CGAGCCCCCUCCUCCCCACGCCAUCUCAGCUCGCACUCUCUCUCUUUCUCUCUCCUCGCGUCCCUUCGCUCGAGCACGACCAACGAAGAUGGAGCUAACGUUCAUCAUGAUCAAGCCCGAUGGCGUCCAGAGAGGCCUCAUCGGUGAAAUCAUCGGCAGGUUCGAGAAGAAAGGAUUCUCCUUGAAAGGUCUGAAGCUUGUCAGUGUGGAUCGUCCUUUUGCCGAGAAGCAUUACGCAGACCUCUCUGCGAAGCCUUUCUUCAGUGGCCUGGUCGAUUAUAUCAUCUCUGGCCCCGUAGUUGCCAUGGUUUGGGAGGGCAAAGGUGUUGUGACAACCGGGAGGAAGAUCAUUGGAGCCACCAACCCUGCAGAAUCUGCUCCUGGAACCAUCCGUGGUGAUUUUGCCAUUGACAUUGGCAGGAAUGUCAUCCACGGAAGCGACUCGGUCGAGAGCGCAACCAAGGAAAUUGCACUGUGGUUUCCUGAAGGCAUUGUGAGCUGGCAAAGCAGCGUUCACCCCUGGAUCUACGAGUAGAUUUUCAUGUGCUGUGAUUCUGUUUGCUGCUCGUCUAAUUUGACUUAAUGUAUUAUCAACUGUUGAGCUUUUGAUCCACUUUGUCAUGAGUGUCUGGUCUGGUGGAUGUCCUAUUGUCCUUGCCUGUGUUUACGACUGCAGAUGCGAUUUGAACGAUAUAAGAAUUUUGGUCGAUGUCUGGUGGUAA